AUGAAGCACCACGAAAUCGAUGAGAAAGCGCUCAAAGCCGUCGGCACUCCGCCUGGUGAUCAAGUAGUCGACAUCGAAUCUGGAGAAGACAAUGACGACAAACGGCACGAGCUUGUCGAGACCGAGGACGGGCAUGCUAAAGCAGAGAAUGAUGAGAAGGAGAAACAAGGUGGCCUCAAAGACUACUGGCGAAUAUUCCGUUAUGCCGACAGACAAGACAUCUUGUUCUAUGUCAUCUCGCUAGGAUUCUCGAUUGCAUCUGGUGCUGCACUACCAUUAAUGACACUUGUUUUCGGCGGCUUCACGACAGACUUCAGCAAUUUCCAACAGGGACGUACAACGCCAGAUGCAUUUCGCAAUCGAGUCGACACAUUCGUUCUCUGGUUCAUCUGGAUUUUCAUCGCUCGCUUCCUUUUGGCCUACAUCUGCAAUGUUCUGAUCAACAUCGCUGCCGUCCGCGUUACUCGAGCUCUACGAACAGCUUUCCUAGAGAGCACCCUUCGGCAAGAGAUCUGGCAUUUCGACAAGCAGAGCAAUGUGUCUGCUGCGACGCAGGUCACUACCAACGGCAAUCGGGUAAAUCAAGGCAUCGCAGAAAAGCUUGCUGCCAUGGUCCAGGGCAUUUCACUAUUCUUCUCUAGCUUCAUCAUUGCCAUCGCUGUACAAUGGAAGCUGGCUCUGAUUUGUAUAACGAUAGUGCCAGCACUGUUCCUGGUCGUUGGUGGCUGUAUUGCUGUAGAUGCAAAGCAAGAAGCACGAAUCACGAGAUUCUACUCCCGCGCGGCGGUGCUUGCGCAGGAUGCAAUUAGCUCUGUCAGAACCAUUCAUGCCUUUGGCGCUCAGAGCAAAAUUGUUGAAAGAUACGACGAAUACCUCGAGAUGGCCCACAAGGAAGCCUGGAAAAAGUCACCCGUCUAUGGGAUCAUGUUCUCUUCCGAGACAUUUCUGGUCUUUUGUGCAACAGCCCUUGCGUUCUGGCAGGGCUAUCGGAUGUACACCUGGGGCGAGAUCGACAGCGUCGGCACAGUGUUCACGGUCGUCCUCUCCGUGGGCAUCGGAGCAACAUCAAUAUCUCUUGUCGCGCCACAACAGCAAGCGAUAUCGAACGCUGCAUCUGCUGCGUCGGAGCUGUUCCUGAUCAUUGACAAGAAGUCGCUUCUUGAUCCCUUGUCUAAAGAAGGUAAGCAGCCGAGCUCAUGCGAAGGCCACAUUGAGGUCAAGAAUUUGUCAUUCUGCUAUCCUCAACGACCAGAUGCUAAGGUCCUGACGAAUCUUACUCUUUCGAUACCAGCAGGCAAGACGACGGCGCUGGUAGGCCCUAGUGGUUGCGGAAAGUCAACAUUGAUCGGUUUGCUUGAAAGAUGGUAUCAAUAUGGAGGUGGCCAGAUUUUGCUUGAUGGGGUGGAACUACCUGAAUACAACAUCAAUUGGCUUCGCAGCAAUAUUCGACUUGUUCAGCAAGAACCAGUGUUGUUCAGCGGAACAGUCUUCGAGAACGUUGCGAAAGGGCUCUUAGGUGAGCAGCUCGAUCUUCCACAUGAUAAGAAGAUGGAGCUUGUGCAGGAAGCCUGCAAGCAGUCGAAUGCACACGACUUCAUCAUGGAACUUCCAGAAGGCUAUGACACUCAAGUUGGCGAAAGAGCGUCCAUGCUCAGUGGUGGGCAGCGUCAACGAGUUGCCAUUGCACGAAGUAUCAUAUCUGAUCCGAAAGUCCUGCUUCUCGAUGAAGCAACGAGUGCUUUGGAUCCCACGGCUGAAAGGAUCGUCCAGGCGGCUCUGAAUAAGGUUUCCGCCGACAAGACGACCCUCAUCAUCGCCCAUAAGCUUGCCACUGUCAAGGCGGCUGACAAUAUCGCUGUCAUGAAGGAUGGUGUUGUGUUUGAGCAGGGCAGUCACAAAGAACUAAUGGAGCGCGACGGGCAGUAUGCUGCUAUGGUCCGCGCCCAAGAUCUGGGGGCUAAAGCUGGACAGGCCGAGCUUACUGGUGAAGACGACGACUGCGACAACGAUAAUGCUCUGGAACAACCCGUCUCUUUACAGAGAACGAAAACGGAAGCGGCGUCGAGCGUUGCUGAGAAGAGAAUCAAGAAUCUCACAAGCGGAACACUGGACUAUGGUCUCGCCAAGUGCGUCUGGAUCAUGUUCGCAGAGAACCCGAAGCUUUACUGGUGCUACGCCGUCUCCAUUUGUGGCGGCCUGAUCGGUGGAGGCACGUAUCCAGCUCAAGCGAUCUUAUUUUCGAGACUCAUCGGCGUCUUCGCAAUUCAGGACCAAGCCGAAGCACAAAGUCGAGCAAAUCUCUUCGCACUCAUGUUCUUUGUGCUGGCCAUUGCAAAUCUGUUUGCGUAUUUCGCGAUUGGCUGGGUCACGAAUACCAUCGGACAGGAGGUCACACAUCGAUAUCGAAAGGAGAUGGUCGAGCGAGUAAUUAAUUUCGAUCAGGACUUCUUUGAUCGUGCGGAGAACAGCUCAGGAUCUCUCACUUCGAAAUUGUCUUCAGUGCCGACGUCCUUGCAGGAGCUGAUUUCGGCCAAUAUCAUGCUCAUGUUUAUCGUCCUGGUCAACUUGAGUGCAUCCAGUAUCCUCGGAAUUGCUUAUGGCUGGAAGCUCGGUCUCGUUGUUGUCUUCGGCGGUCUACCAUUGCUCGUGGGCUCAGGCUAUGUCCGCAUUCGACUUGAUCAAAAGCUUGAGGAAGAUGCUGGGAAUCGGUUUGCGGAAAGUGCAGGGUUGGCGACGGAAGCAGUUACGUCUAUCCGCACCAUAUCUUCACUUACCCUGGAGAACCAGGUGAUGAAAGAGUACAGUGAUGCUAUGGGCACCAUCGUGCAAAGAUCUACGAAGGGCUUCUUGAUCACGAUGUUCCCAUAUGCGCUAUCUCAGUCUUUGGAGUUUCUGGUCCUGGCUCUUGGCUUCUGGUAUGGCUCGAGACUUCUCGCCAGUUACGAAUACACCACCGAUCAGUUUUUCGUCGUCUUCAUCGCUGUCGUGUUUGGAGGGCAAGCGGCAGGACAGUUCUUCGGCUACAGCUCUUCCAUCACUAAAGCCAGAUCCGCUGCCAAUUACAUUCUCUGGCUGCGGACCGUCAAAGCAAAGAUCCGAGAGACGCCAGAGAACGAAGGCAGAGGACCGUCUGGCGAGGGCCCAAUCGAGAUGCAAGAUGUCGAGUUUCGAUACAUCCAACGACAUGCUUCGCGUGUCCUCCGUGGUAUCAGCAUGAGGAUUGACCCGGGUCAGUACGUCGCUUUCGUGGGUUCAUCUGGUUGUGGCAAGAGUACGCUCGUGUCUUUACUCGAACGUUUCUACGAUCCUACGAGCGGUCGCAUCACACUCAACGAAGAUGACAUUGCUACCAUGUCACCUCAGCUGUACCGCGGCUACAUGUCACUCGUGCAGCAAGAACCUCCUCUUUACCAAGGCUCGGUUCGCGAGAACAUUUCUCUUGGUCUACGAUACGAGCCUUCAGACGACGAAGUGAACGAAGCACUCCAGCAAAGCAAUGGUCUGGAAUUCGUGUCCUCACUACCCGAAGGUCUCGAAACACCUUGUGGCUCCAAAGGCCUCCAAUUCUCAGGUGGACAACGCCAACGUAUUGCUGUCGCUCGAGCGCUGAUCCGAAAGCCACGCCUCUUGCUUCUUGAUGAGGCCACUUCAGCACUUGACACGCAAAGUGAGAGAGUCGUCCAGAAGGCUUUGGAUGAGGCUGCUUCGAGUCGGACGACGAUUGCUGUGGCACAUCGUUUGAGUACAAUUCGGCAUGCGAAUACGAUCUACGUUAUUGCUGAUGGCAAGAUUGCGGAAAUGGGUACGCAUGAAGAGUUGCAGGCUCUCAAGGGAAGGUAUUAUGCGAUGUGUCUGGCGCAGUCGCUCGAUCAGGCUUGA